AUGGGUGGUCUCAAUCUCGAGGUUUUCAAGUUCGGCAUGUAUGUCAUGUUCCCCAUUGGCAUCAUGUACUACUUCGGAACGAACCUCGACAACCGCUUCGCGGUGCCCGAUUUCUGGCCCAAGGCCGAACACUCGCACAAGAUCCCCUUCGACCGCGAGGACAUCAAGGAGGAGUACAUUAGACUUGCGCGGAGGCAGCGCCUGGUAGAGGAGAUGAGGAGGGAGAGGGAGAGGGCGCACGCGGCGCAGAACCCGCCUUCGAACGAGGAGCAGUGA